AUGAAGUGCAACGCCGUCAUCCUCGCCAGCUUCGUGCUCGGCCAAUCUGUUAUGGCAACAAACAUUUAUCGUCCUGGUGGCCAUUACCAAGUCCGAGCCUUCAAUGAAUCGGAGCCAAUCUUCCCAUCUGGAACUGGAGCUUCAUCUGGUCUCGCUCGCCCAACCGGAAAGCCAUCCCACACCAAAUCCAAGAAGCCUUGCAAGACCAAGUCAUCUUCUGCAGUAGCAUCUUCAGUUGCAGCAACCUCCGCCGCAGUAACCAGCUCCGAAGCUUCUGUCGUCACCUCCGCACCAGCACUCAGCUCCGACCUUGCCACACCUAGCACUGUCUUGUACACAACUACCCUUACAAACCACCUUUCUGAGACCGUCGUUGUCACUGUGACUCCAAAACCCGCAACCUCUACUUCAGAAGCCUCCACCUCUACCACUGCCGCUGUUGUACCAACAACCUUGAAGAGUGCCGAUGUGGAUACCUCCUCCACAUUCGUUGCUCCAUCCUCCAAGACCUCAGCUAACUCCCUUCCACCAUACCCAACGACUUUGUCAACUGGCACUUCUUCAACUAUUGCUUCUACUGGCUUUGCUUCAGGAACUGGUGGUGUUGCCUACCCAACCGGCAGCACUAUCGCUGCUUACUACCAAUGUGGAGGAAUUGGUUACACUGGAUCCACCACCUGUGUUGAGGGUACCCACUGCCAGGUCCAGAACCCAUACUACUCUCAAUGUAUCUACCAGUCUUAAGUGUACGGAUUAGAGAGGAGAUUUUGUGGCUUUGAUAAUUGGAUGCGAUAGAUUUUGGUUCACCUUGAUGGAUGACAGUUUAGAGGUUCACUUCUUGUUCUAUCUCACGAUAGCCUUUUUAUAGAUAUAAAUGCCUUUUUACCUUGCUCAUGAAUUACUGUCCCGUCUCGUCUUUGGUCUUGAUUUAAAAUAAUUCGUAAGGCAAAAUUAUGAAAUUCU